AUGAAUUUCGACUCGGGCGUCUACGCAGAGUCGGACGCCGACGACGAAUAUGAGCGCAGUCUUGGGCCCAACUCGCCUGUCGCCGAUGACGAGGGAUCACCAAUCGACUCCGAGCUCCCCUCUUCCAGCGAGCACACACCCACCACCUACGGCCACCGCAGUAGUGCCGACCGCCUACCCGAAACCAUCAUCUCUGAGUGGACUGCCGAUGAGUGCGCCGACUUUAUCAGCACAAUCGGCCUGCCGCAGUAUGCCGAUAACUUCGUUGAGAACGAAAUUGUCGGCGAAGCCUUGGUUGCUUUACAGCAUGACGACCUCAAGUCCAUGGGCAUCGCCAGUGUCGGUCAUCGCCUUACUAUCCUGAAGAGUGUCUACGACGUAAAGAAGGCCCAGGACAUCCCCAUAGAAAGCGACCACUAUGUGCCUCUGUCUGCCGAUGCAGAAGCUCAGUAUGCGACAGCCACCCUUAAGGAUAUCAAACACCUGGUCGAGCAGCUCCGCUUGCGAGACGAGAGGAUGAGCCUGGUGGAGAAGGACCUGCGUAGACUGUCAGAAGAUUUCAGGCGGCUGCGGGAGGAUAUGCUGCCUGCGUUGCGUCUAGCAAAGGACUCGUCACAACCAUUACCGAAUGUCUCCAACAACAACAACAACAACAACAACAACAACAACAGCAACAGCAACAGCAACAGCAACAGCAACAGCAACAGCAACAGCAACAGCAACAGCAACAGCAAUAACAGCAAUAACAACAACCAGAAUUACGGUUACGACACUGUAUCGCCACCGGCACCGACGCCUUCUUCAGCCCAGUCGAUGAACCUGCAACGCCAGUACUCCACCAAGAGGAUUAUGCUGGGAACGACGCCCAAGAGCAGCUCGCCAUCACAUCUGCAAACGACCCACGAGAGGUCGAUGGAACAAACGCUGGACCCGUCAAAUGCCGCGGAGCGAGCCGUCUUGUCAUCGUCGCACCUUGCAGCCAUGAACGGUUCAGCUACGGCUACCUCGCCCGGCUACCCGUCUCCAAACAUGCCCUCGCCAACAUCUCCUCCUACGCAUGGUGGUGCAACGCUGGGUUCACGAUCUUAUCGCUCCGACCGCUCGGAAGUCCCCACCCCUUCCUCACGAUCAACUUUUGCCGAGAACGACCACGGAUACAAGGCUCGCGAACAAGCCACUGCACCGAAACGUGGACCGACCCCCGCCCCCGAUACGCCGAGUACGAGCAACGCGUCCGUCGAGAUCUUCAAGUCGUUCCGAGUUAGCAUGGACGAUCCGUGCUACAAGGUCCUGCCAGCCGCUCUCAAAAAGUACCAGAUUAAUGCGCCUUGGGACCAAUACGCGCUCUACAUUGUCUACGGUGAUCAGGAGCGCUGUUUGGGGCUGGAAGAAAAGCCUCUUAUCCUGUUCAAGCAAUUGGAUAAGGAGGGCAAGAAGCCCAUGUUUAUGUUGCGGAAGACGAACAACGCACAAGUCGAUCCGUCAUCAGAACAGCCAGGAAGCGCCGGACUUGGGGCUAGAGGCGCGACAAUGGGAUAUGAUCCGCCCGGUGGUAUCAUUUAG